ACACGAAAUUGGUUAGGACAUGAAAUUGGUUGGGAUUCGAAAUUGGUUGGACACGAAAUUGGUUGGGACAUGAAAUUGACACGAAAUUGGUUGGUACGAAAUUGGUUGGGACAUGAAAUUGGUUGGGAUAUGAAAUUGGUUGAGAUACGAAAUUGGUUGGACAUGAAAUUGGUUGGACACGAAAUUGGUUGGGGCACGAAAUUGGUUAGACAUGAAAUUGGUUAG